AUGUCAUAUAAUAAUAUUGAGGAAGAUAAUUUUUUUUCAUGGCCUGAAGAUGAAUAUUUUUUGCAAUCUUCUGAAAUUGAGUCAUCAAAUAAUACCAGCAUUGGUAGUUUUUCAAGAGAU